GGGAAAGAUCACGACAGACAGCUCACUGCAAAGACCAUCGCACCAGUGGCGUGAAUCAUUCGGCAUUUUCACUCGCGCAAUGAAGAAUUCCCCUCCUCUGGCACUUGUCGGUUGAUGUGCGCAUUCGACCAGUGUAGUGGCUCAGACUGGUCUUGCUUUGCUAUGCCGGUUAAAAGCCCCCUCUUCACAACAGCUCUCAUUUAUACCGUCUAUAGUUCCCAUGACUCAUUCGCAAACCCCCGGGUUAGACACCCUUGCUGAGGGCUCGCAAUAUGCUCUUGAGAAACUACAUCUCGCACGGCAAGCUGAGUUGAAUCACAGUAAAGCGAUCAACUCUAGGACUCAUUCCGAUGGCGCAUUCAAACUGCCUGCUCGCCGUGACUCCCAUUCAGAGGCGAGGACAAGUAUCCGCAAGAAUUCAUCAGCUCCACCCGCGGCUAUCGUGCGUCGUCGAAUCAGUCGUGCCUGCGACCAAUGUAAUCAGCUGCGAACGAAAUGUGACGGACAGACUCCGUGUGGGCAUUGUACCGAAUUUAGCUUGACCUGUGAAUAUGCCCGUGAAAGAAAGAAGCGCGGCAAGGCCUCGAAAAAGGACCUCGCUGAGGCCGCCGCCAAAAUCGCCGCCACUAGUGGGAGCAAUCCAUCCGAUACAUCAAAUCCGACGGCCGAUUUAGGCAUUACCAAUUCCAUGUCUCUUGGACCUUCUGUGCCAGGCAACUCAUACGAAUCGAAUGAUGAUUCGGCCCAUCCGUACUCAAACCCGCAGAUCACGCGAACUCCAACUAUCGCCAAUCUCGCUGGCAAUCCGCAACCAUCACAGCCUUCCCAUUCGCGAGCCCAGCAAGGCCAGCAUCUACCUUCCAAUAUCGAUAAUAUCACGAUGAACAACUACGGGCAGAUUAAUGACGUAGAUCGAUCAGUCAUGCAUAUGCCUGACUUGCGAGACUUGCAACCACGCUCACCACCGGCUCUAAUUCCAGCUGGCUUCAACGGCUUUCACGACGCAUACAAUUUAAUGAACCCCGAGCCUCAAAACAACCCAAAUAUCAAUACCUAUCGCUUCGGAAACCCUAGCGAAGAUCCAUCAGCAACUCAGUUCAUCGGACUUUCGCCUCCCGCCCAGUCCCCUGGGUGGCUUCAACUGCCGUCGCCUUCUGCAAAUUUCCCUUCUUUGAAUAUUCCAACCGGUCCUACCAGCAGUUUGAGAUACCCUGUUUUACAACCGGUCAUGCCACAUUUAAUGUCUAUCAUUCCUCAAUCGUUGGCUUGCGAUCUUCUCGACUUAUAUUUUGCUAGCUCGUCUUCGUCGCAUUUCUUCCCUCAAUCGCCUUAUGUGGUGGGCUGUCUUUUCCGGAAGACUGCCUUUUUACAUCCCACUCGACCACGCGUGUGCAGCCCCGCUCUAUUAGCAAGUAUUCUUUGGGUGGCAGCGCAAACCAGCGAAGCCGCGUUUUUGACAUCUCCUCCAUCGGCUCGCGGAAGGGUAUGCCAAAAGCUGUUAGAGUUGACUGUUGGCCUGCUACGACCGCUCAUACACGGACCGGCUCCGGGGGAGACAUCUCCAAACUACGCUGCAAAUAUGGUGAUUAACGGGGUCGCGCUAGGUGGGUUUGGGGUAUCCAUGGAUCAACUGGGCGCUGAGAGCAGUGCUACCGGCGCAGUUGAUGAUGUUGCGACUUACAUCCAUCUGGCAACUGUCGUUUCGGCGAGUGAGUACAAAGCUGCUAGUAUCCGGUGGUGGGCUGCAGCGUGGUCGUUGGCGCGGGAGCUGAAACUUGGACGUGAACUUCCACCAACACCCUCUCAACCGCGUGCCGAUGAUGUUGAAGGAAAUGCCGAAAUGGAGCUUAAACAUUCCAUGACCAACGGCACAUCUGGUUCUAGUGGCCAUGUUACCGAAGAGGAACGCGAAGAACGCAGGCGUGUUUGGUGGCUGCUCUAUGUUAUGGAUCGCCAUCUCGCGCUAUGCUAUAACCGCCCUUUGACCUUAUUAGAUAAGGAGUGUGAAAGCCUCUUGCAGCCAAUGAAUGAUGAUAUUUGGCACUCAGGCGAUUUUGCCAAUGCCGGCUACCGACGAGCUGGACCGAGUUUCGAAUUUACUGGCCAUAGCAUGUUUGGAUAUUUCCUACCCUUGAUGACCAUCUUGGGCGAGAUUGUUGAUUUAUACCAUGCACGGAAUCAUCCGCGGUUUGGCGUUUACUUUCGAAAUAGCCGCGAGCGAGAGAACCAGCAAGCAGAAAUUGCCAACCAGCUAGAUAUCUACGGCCAAAGCCUGUGUGAAUUUCAGGCUCGACAUGCCAGCUCUCUCGCUCUCGCCAACACGGAGAACGAGGCAAAUUUUUCUGCACCAGGAAUAGACCAUGUCAGCCCUUCUGCCCGGUCAACAAGCACUGCCGGAUCCCGCAUGAACGAAUCCCUCAUGCAGACCAAAAUGGUCGUCGCAUACGGCACCCAUAUCAUGCACGUCUUACACAUUCUGCUCGCUGGAAAGUGGGACCCAAUAUCCCUCCUAGACGAUACCGAUUUGUGGAUUUCCUCCGACGGCUUCAUCACUGCUAUGGGUCAUGCGGUAAGUGCAGCAGAGGCUGCAGCAGACAUUCUCGAAUACGAUCCUGAUUUAAGCUUUAUGCCAUUCUUCUUCGGCAUCUACUUGCUGCAGGGCAGUUUCUUAUUGCUCCUUACCGCCGAUAAGCUCCAAGGUGACGCCACUCCUAGUGUUGUCAAGGCAUGCGAAACCAUCGUCAGGGCGCAUGAGGCGUGCGUCGUGACACUGAACACGGAAUACCAGCGCAAUUUCCGCAAAGUAAUGCGCUCAGCGCUCGCCCAAGUCCGCGGCCGGAUCCCCGAGGAUUUUGGUGAGCAGCAGCAACGACGACGAGAGGUGCUUGCUCUAUACCGCUGGACUGGUGAUGGCAGCGGGCUUGCCUUGUAAUGACGGUAUGGCUUUUUCAAGCAAAAAUUUCAGUGGAGUUGGAGCAAAAUGGAAAGGAAACAGGUCUUUAUUUACCGUUAUGGAAGUUCUUGCGGAUGUACUUUGCUGUUGGUUUUUGAAUUUUAUCUGUUGUCUCGAAUACCCUGUACACAAGUGCGCUUCAUGUAGUCAAGGCAAUUCUUGUCUCUACUUAUCAAAAUAUCAUAUAUUCUGG